GAUUUUGAAAUUUACUCCUAAAGCCUAAGCCGACAACAGUAGGGGAGAACCAAAAGUACCAACCCAAUCACAAGGCCAAAACCCAUCAUAACUUGCAUACUCCGCCUUCUCAUACCACACGUGGCAAAACAUAGCUGAACCUUAAUCCUUACAUAUCUACCACUCCAGUCACUUAUUACACUGUUGUAUGGAUAAUACAAGGACAGAAGUGGAAGUAAUCCAGAGAAGAAGAAACUGAAAAAAUGGCGGGUUCCUUAACAGUUUCAGCACUCCCCAGGAUUUUGUCCCAACAAAACUCUGAAUUGUACAUAAUCAAGAGAAGCCCACGUCCUUCGUUGUUUCUGAGAAAUGGAGUAAAAUUUGGUAAGAAUAGUCGGACGAAAUUGUUUGCUGGGCUGUCGGAAAUAGAACCCGAUCUCAACGAAGAUCCCAAGGACAGAUGGGCCACAAAUGGAAUUGAUGAGGCAGACUUUAAGUAUGGGAAGUAUGAUGACCAUCAUACAUACUAUGAAACUGAUGAUAAAGGAUCAUUUUGGGGAUCAAUUGCCGAAGAUUAUGCAGCAAUUGGCCCUCCUUCUGGAUUUCAAGGUCUCAUUUCCUGGCUAUUCCUUCCUGCGAUUGCUGCUGGGAUGUACUUCAAUGUUCCGGGAGAGUACUUGUACAUUGGUGCAGCUGUGUUCACUAUCGUAUUUUGCAUCAUAGAGAUGGACAAGCCUAGCGAGCCACACAACUUCGAGCCUCAGAUAUACAACAUGGAGCGAGGAGCCCGCGACAAGUUGAUGUCCGACUACAACACGAUGGACAUAUGGGAUUUUAAUGAGAAAUAUGGAGAUUUAUGGGAUUUCACCGUGAAAAAGGACGACAUCGUAAAGAGAUGAAAUUAUCAAUCGAUAGCAAAUAUGAACUUUCUACAUCAAUUUUAGGUGGCUCAUAGCCGUCAUCAUACAAGGGAUUGCUUUGGCUGUCGAGCAGCUAAGAAACUGGUUAAGCGGAGUUCUGCAAAGUAUUUCUGGGCUUUUGCCGUCCAGCUUCUAUUUUUUUUUUUUUUUUGUUGUUUUCUAAUAGAAACGAUGAUUGUACAUUAAAUCAAUAUCGAUAAACCAACAAAUGCAGUCGUCAUUCAAUCAAUAAA